AUCGCCUCAGAGGUGACUCUGGCCCUUUAAGGCGUCCGCUUACGUGCUGUAGGAGUGGGUGGGGUAAAAGGGCCGGUAGGCGGAAGUCGCUCGUCGCCACCUCAGCUCGGCGUCGUUCAGAGCCCCGGACAUGGCGGGGAUCAAAGCUCUUGUGGGGCUGUCCUUCAGCGGAGCCAUCGGGCUGACGUUCCUCAUGCUGGGCUGCGCCCUGGAGUACUACGGUGUAUACUGGCCUCUGUUUGUCUUAAUAUUUUACUUCAUCUGCCCCAUUCCCCACUUCAUUGCAAAAAGAGUAAGUGACGACAGUGAUGCAGCCAGCAGUGCCUGCAGGGAAUUGGCUUAUUUCUUCACAACUGGAAUUGUCGUUUCUGCCUUUGGAUUUCCUAUAAUCCUUGCACGGGUUGAAGCGAUCAAAUGGGGAGCCUGUGGUCUGGUGCUGGCUGGCAAUGCAGUCAUUUUCCUUACUAUUUUAGGCUUUUUUCUUGUGUUUGGUAGAGGAGAUGACUUUAGCUGGGAACAGUGGUAGGACAUCGCUCUGAUGCUGGUAAUACUUUACAGCAUGUAUCACCAUAUGUAUACUCUGUGUGUGUAUAUGUGUAUAUAUUAUAACAUAUGUGUGUGUGCGCACGCUGAGAUGUAUGUAUGUGCAUCUGCAUGUAGUUUUACAUUCUCAGAUCAUAACAUGCUUUUUUUAAAAUGCAUUUCAGCCAAAGGGAAAAGGCCCUUGUGACAGCUGUCCUCACGUAUUCAGUAAAAGCUGGAAUCACCAUUGCAAAUUUGUCCCUGAAUAAGUUUACAAAACAUAAGCUGUUUUACUCAUUUUUUCACUAUAUACACAUUAACUUUUGGUUUAGUCACAGUAGUAUCAUUGAUACAUGUGAUACCGGUCAGCAUGCCUGUUGGGUUUUUUUAACCAUGUAAUCAAAAUAGGCUAAUAUAAAGAUUAUCUUACUUGGUAUUGUUCAACUUGAUUGAUCUUUCUGCUUUGGUUAGGGAUGAAUGAGUACUUGCUUUUCAUUUGGGUAAUUGUAAUUUUAGUAUUUUUUCUUGAUAACAUAAAAUCAAACAUAGGUUAUGCCAACUCUUUUACUACCUAAUGAAAGAAAAAGAAAAUAACCCUGGUUAAAAAUCCUUCCUUUCACUUACGGUGUUCAUUUAAAACAAAAUUCUCCCCCAAGAUACUCAAGCUUUGUCCUUAUUCAACUUACCAGCUGUGGAUAUAUUUUGAGAAUAAUAUACUUUAAUGCCUCUUCAAUGCUUAGAGCUGACAUUACUUCUCUUAUGAAGGUUCACAAAAGAAGAAACUAGCUGAGGACACUCACAAUCACAAUGUAGUAUAUAACUUUGUAUUCUUAUGUGUGAAAUGCCUGAAUUGCAAAGAAGUGAGUGUUCUGCUGGGUAGGACUUGUUAUCUCCUCAGUUCUCAUUGCUUUUAAAACAUACUUAAUCAACUACUAUUUUUUUUGUCUGUAAGAAGAGAUUGUUACAGUAAAACACUAUAUUUUUAAAUAGCAUUAUCCUAGUAAACGUUCACAUAAUUGCACUUAUAAAAGUAACCUUUAUCACUCUUUUGACUUGUUGAAUCCUGCAAAUUGUGGAGGUCUGUAAUUUUGUCAGAAUGCAUUCUGAUACAACCCUAACUCUAGAAGACGUUUCAGUAAUCUGCAAAGGGGUGAAGGAAGAGACGCCUUAGUUUAUUCUUUCAUAGAAAAAUGGACAUAAAGAGAGGUUUCUGCUCUGUGAAGUAAGAAGCUCUUUUCCUGCAUAGGGUAUGGUUUACUAUUGCAAGUUCUUCAGUAGAUUGCAAAUGAGUGUUAUAGUUGUGUGAGUUAGUUCACAGCUGACUGCUGUUGCCCUGUAUAGCUUUGAGGGACAUUGUGUAAGGAGGUAAUAGAAUCUGCCCUACACAAUGUGGCAGCUUCACCAACACAGUGCUUUUUGCCCCCUAAGUUGUAUGGAACUACUUUUGCUGCUCUCCAAACCCUCUCAGUACUUGUGUACUGCAGAAUGGUGUCCUGCGGAUUGCUGGGCAGAGCAAAGGUUCAAACAGGAAUGAAUGUUACAUGAGCGCUCUGAUACUGGGUACAGAAAUCAUUCUGUGGUCCAAGUAAUGUAAUAUCACUUAAGUAGGAAUGGAAUAUCGGGUUUCAGGAAGGUUAAUUACAUGUUUUAAAUUUAAACUCAGAUGUGUGUAAGGUGAACAGGUCAGUGCUGAGGAAUGCUGAGUAGCUCGAGUUUAGACUGAAGUGUGUCUAGGCUGUCAUUCUUGUAAAAGAAGAUUUACCAUUAAAGGACAGUUUUUUCUGGAUGUUAAUGCUUCAUCAAAGACAUAGCAGGAAUAUACUUGUAAAGAUGCUGUGCGUAAGCAAGUUCUCUUACAGUGUCGUCUUCUUGACUUUAGAUGAAGUCUGUUGGAUCCUACGGAUUUGUAAAGUACUACCGUGGAAAUUACUUGUUCUUAUUAUGAGCCAAGUUGUUUAGAGUAAACAUAGUUUCCAUGUAUAAGUCCUGAUUUGAUGUUUGAAGAAGUUGCUUUUUUUCCUACACGGUGGCAUUUUUUCAUUCAAAUUAGGGAAGUAAAACAGCAACAAUAAUACACAAUUUAAGUUCCUGAUCCUGUAAAUGCCUAAAGUCAUUGCUAACAGUUCUGUUUAACUCCUGUUAAAAUACUCAUGUGCUUGCAGGGUUAGGUUCUUGAGUUCAUUUUUAUUCCUUAGAAUUUAUGUCCCGAAGUCUGCAAAACUACUCAAUUACUGAUGAAAUUUUACUUUCAAGACAGUGGCGUGAAAAAUAGCUGAGAUCAAUUUUUCUUUAAAUUAAAGAAUCAUUUUUUUUAUAGAAUCUGUUCUAGAUCUAUUGGUAAAUAGUGCGCUUGUGGCAGAUUGGGAGACAGGCAGUAAAGAUAUGACAAUCUAAAAUGAAAAGGAGGACUAGAAAGUACAGUCUUGAAGAGAGGUUGCUUCCCUGACAAAUUAUUCUAUUGUACUGUAUUUCCUUUGGUAUUACUGUGGUUGGUGGGUACCUCAUGAAAUGGCAGGUAAAUGUUGAAUGGAGAAAGUCAAUGCGCUUUUUUUUCUUCUUUUGAAGCAGCUACAUGCACUAAUCCUUAAUGUGAACUUCACGCGGUUUUCACCAUGGACUUUUAUUUUUAAAUGUUUAACUUUAAAAAUUGUGUUUAACAGUGUUUAAAUCAUGGAAAUCUUCCUUGACCUCUUCAAAUUUGCUUGAAUGAGUCUUCGAUAUCAAAUAGUCAGGGUAAAAAAAAAAAAAAUUCAGUGCUUUUUUUUUUUUAUCAAGAGCUUCACUCAUUCACACAAACCUGGUGCUUUGUUGGCCAGUACUGGGCAUACUGUCACUAUCUCCCAGUAGCAGUUUACUGUGGUUUCUCUGGAAUUGUUUUUCUAUAUGGAAGUGAAUACUAUGUAUCCAAAGUGCCUUAAUUUCAAUACUAUGCUGAUUUUGUGAACGCAUAUACAUGGUAAUAUCACUAUGUUUCAUAAUCAGCUGAAAAUCUGUUACUGCAUUUUAUAAAGCUUCCUUGUCAACUAACCGUGUUUUCUGUAAUUUGGAAUGCAGUGCAGCUUUUGUAACUUUUGUAAACACUAUUUUUAUUUUCUGUGAUUGCCUGGUUAAAACAUGGAAAUUAAAACAUAUUUUACUUUUUGUCUAAUAAAACUGACUUUUGGAAUUGUCUAAUAAACAUAUCUGAUGCUUAAA